AUGAGGGUCUUCAAUCGGCUAUGGGCUGUUACGGCCCUCGCGGUAUCGACAAUCGCUGCUCCAACCCCGAAUCAGGGGUUGGUGUCGAGAGCCGUUUCAUCCGACGUGUUGCAACAACUAGAACUCUUCUCACAGUAUUCAGCAGCGUCCUACUGCAUAGCCAACAUCAAUUCCACCGGCGAUAAACUAACAUGCGAAGCCGGAAACUGCGCCAUCGUGCAAGAAGCCGAAACAACCACGCUCCAUGAAUUCGAAGCAGAGAACAGCGAAAACGACGUCGGUGGCUUCCUCGCCGCAGACACAACCAACAACCUCCUCGUCCUGUCCUUUCGCGGCUCCCGCACAAUAGAAAAUUGGGUCGAUAACAUACAAAUUAUCCGGAAGGACGUCCCCGAUAUCUGCGCUGAUUGCGAGGUACAUGGUGGGUGGUGGGGCGCGUGGCAGGAGGUUGCGGAUGUGUUAACGAAGAAGGUUGAUGAUGCUGUGAGCCAGUAUCCGGAUUAUAAGUUGGUGUUUACGGGACAUAGUCUGGGUGGUGCGCUGGCGACGAUUGCGGCAAUGGUGUUGAGGGAUGCUGGACAUACUAUUGAUUUGUACACCUAUGGCUGCCCGCGCGUCGGCAACGAAGCCCUAGCCGAGUAUAUAGAGGACCAAGGCACCUUGUACCGCGCCACGCACACCAACGACAUCGUCCCCACCGUUCCAUGGCUAUACAACCAGUCAUUCCCAGAAUACUGGAUUACGAGCGAUAAUGAUGCGACGGUGACCGCGGCGGAUAUUGAAGUUGUUCAGGAGUCGGGGUCGAAGGAUGGGGAUGAAAACACGGAGGGGGUGGUGCUGGGAAUUGCUGCUCAUUUGCAUUAUUUUGGGGAUAUUGCUGGUUGUUACUAAGUGCUGGGAGGGAGGGGAGGGGUGGUAUCCGACAGUAUUUUCCGCUUGGAUUUAGAUAGGGUUACUUUAUUGAGAUGGCUGAUGACGUCAACACAUGGCCUUGAAUAUAUUCAAUGUAGAACUCUCUGAGGAUUUAAUAGAUUAAGAAGAGGCAAUUAUUAUCCACUCGUUCAAUUCUACGCUUAGACAUGCUUCAG